AGUUCCGCUUCCGGCAGCACCAGAUAAGUCGCGAGAGGAAGCUUAAGUCCUGUCGUUUGAAUUAGGGCCACUUCGGUUCACAAUGGUCCGUAGUGGAAAAAAUGGUGACCUUCAUCUUAAGCAGAUUGCAUAUUAUAAACGAACUGGUGAAUAUCAUCCAACUACACUGCCAAGUGAGAGAAGUGGCAUAAGAAGAGCAGCAAAAAAAUUUGUCUUCAAAGAAAAAAAGCUGUUUUAUGUUGGAAAAGACAGAAAACAAAAUCGUUUGGUAAUUGUUUCAGAAGAGGAAAAAAAGAAAGUUCUAAGAGAAUGUCAUGAAAAUGACACUGGAGCUCAUCAUGGCAUAUCCAGAACUCUCACUCUAGUGGAAUCCAAUUACUAUUGGACAUCUGUGACCAAUGAUGUCAAACAGUGGGUAUAUGCUUGUCAGCAUUGCCAAGUUGCAAAAAAUACAGUUGUUCUAGCACCUAAACAGCACUUUCUCAAGGUGGACAAUCCAUGGAGUAUAGUUACUGUUGAUCUGAUGGGACCUUUUCAUAUAAGCAACAGAAGUCAUGUGUAUGCUGUAAUCAUAACAGAUUUGUUCACAAAAUGGGUUAUGAUUUUGCCUCUCUGUGAUGUUUCAGCGUCAGAAAUUUCUAAAGCUAUUAUCAAUAUAUUUUUCUUAUAUGGACCUCCUCAGAAAAUAAUAAUGGACCAAAGAGAUGAAUUUAUUCAACAGAUCAAUGUUGAACUGUAUGGAUUGUUUGGCACAAAGCAGAUUGUAAUUUCUCACAGCUCUGGAACUGUUAAUCCAACUGAAAGUACACCUAACACAAUCAAAACGUUUCUUUCCAAGCACUGUGCUGACCACCCAAAUAAUUGGGAUGAUCAUCUAUCGGCUGUUUCAUUUGCCUUCAAUGUAACUCACUUGGAGCCUACUAAAAAUACACCAUAUUUUCAAAUGUUUAAUCGAAAUCCUUGUAUUCCUGAGUCUUCUGAUAGUCUUCAUGAAGUGGAUGGUGAUAAUACAAGUAUGUUUUCCAAAAUUCUAAAUGCAAUUAAAGAAGCUGAUAAAAUAAUGGAAAAUAAGAAAACUUCAGUGGGCCAGAUGAAGAACAACAAUUUGGAUGAACUAAAUAAAAGCAAGAUUAUUGUUAAAAAGAAACCAAAGCAGUUAAAUCCAUUCCAUUUAAAAGUGGGUCAUGAAGUUUUAAGACAAAGGAAAAAUUGGUGGAAGGAUGGUCGUUUCCAAUCUGAAUGGGUUGGUCCUUGCGUCAUUGACUAUAUUACAGAAAGUGGAUGUGCUGUCCUGAGAGACAACACUGGGGCUAGACUUAAAAGACCUAUCAAAAUGUCCCACCUUAAGCCCUAUGUAAGAGAAUCCAGUGAACAAGAAAGUCUUUAUCUACUGCAAGGUUCAGUAGUGACAGAUCAUGACUACAUUGGAUUGCCUGAAAUUCCAGUUGGAGCGUACCAAGCAAAUAUUCUGGUGGAAGAAGCAACUAUUGGUAUAGUCAAUAAUGAAUUACUGACAUCAAGCAAGGAUCGUGAAUUAUUAGAAUAUAGAAAUGCCAAAAUCUCUCCAUUGAUAGAAGAUCAUGGUACUCUUGAAAAGCAGCCUUUCAGUUUGUUGGACUCUUCGAACCAAGUUCUUGAGUAUUUAAGUUAGUAGAUAUCAAAAUAUAUUUAAUGUGUUUAUUUUAAUGUAUAAAUCCUUAAAUCUUGAUACCUUAUUCAUUAAAAAAGGUAUAGAAGAAG